UUUCUUCACUGCCUUCUCCGUCACCUCAUCACUCACCCAUAACCUGCGACACCACCCCUAAAACCGCGCAUUCUUUGCAGAGAUCCUCAUCGACGGCUUUCCUACAUUCUUCUUUGUCGAGGGCUCAAAGCGAUACCGAUUUUACAUACUCUAUUUACGGCGGCCCACGAGUCUGCGCCUUGGCCCAUCCGGCCUUUGGCUUCUGAAGCUGUCCGCGACACAGCGAAACACAACCGUCUUUCGCUUGACACCAAUUCGGAGAAAUCCUUGAGGAUUCGAAAGGCUUUAUUUCUUCUGCGUAAACGCGCUGUCAUCUCGCUCUCGCUCAAGUGGGUACCCUUCAGCGAAAAACAAAAACAAGCGAAAACAACCUACGAACACUCUCUACCUCCGAACGUCCUCGACCUACAAUCACCUCUAGCUACACCUUAUUCGUUGCACCUCUCCAAAGAUGGCGCCUCCAAGAGCUCCUCGCGGCACUCCAUCGGGACCAGCACGCGAGGGUCGCAACUCCACAUUGGGUGCCAAAACCUCGCGCGGCGGUGGAAUCCAGAAGCGUAAAGGUGGCAGAACCCAAACCGACAGGGAUGGAGAUCUCGACAUGGGAAGCGGCGCUGGAGCCAGCAGCGCUCGCCGUUCAAACAACGUCAACAGAGGACCGUCGGACGAUUCCAACAAUUCGAGACCUCAACGAUCGGCGAGAUCCAACGGUCCGCCCACUAAACCCGGCUCGAAAGUACACCAGGCGAUUGCUCGACACUUGGAUACUGGCGAUGGAAAUGACCUGGUAUCGAGAAGGAAAGGACAGGGACCUGGUCUCGUCUGGCUCAGUGUCAAGGGUUUGAAGGAGAGCAAAGCUGCGAGCAACAACGACGGUGGACUGCGGGAUCUGAUCAUGUUUCUGGAGCGGAAAGCCACAACUCUGUCCGGUCGCAAUAAAACGGUGCACAUCAAGAAGUCAAGUCUGAAGGGGGAUUUGGUCAGCGUUGCGGCAAGCAAGGAAGAUGCGGAGGAAAUUCUGAAGGUCAACUCAUUCACGUUUGCCGGUACUCAGCUGGAGAUCACCGAUAGUGACGGAUCCAUGGCCAAAGCAAAUGAGGCAUCUGCUGCCGCACAGGAAACAAAGCAAAAACUGCAAGGCAUCAUGUCACUCAGAUACGAUAUGGAGAACAAGCUUCUGCGACUUGACGCUCUGAACCAAGAUGAAGGCUUGAUCCAGAUGGGAAUGCUGGAAUCCAAGGAUAGAGCUGAGAAGCUUUUCAAGGUCAUGAUGAGAAUCUGCGACGAACUGUUCAAAACAGCACAGGAAAAGAUUGAUGCCAUUCAUAGCAUCAGCUUGGCCAACAACAACAUUGACACAGUCGCACAAGUCGAAGAGAUGGCGGAUACCUUCCCUGAUCUCAAGAAUCUUGAUCUUAGCGGGAACCAGAUCGACAACAUCGCAGGCCUGUCAAGAUGGAGAUCGAAGCUCAAGAAGCUUGAGACUUUGUACCUGACGGGCAACCCGAUUCCAAUCGCGGAUCCCAAAGUCGUGCUCGAGCUGUUGCACUUCUUCCCAAAGUUGCAAGUUCUGAACGGUGAGCAAUUGACACCGGAACGAAUUGCGGAACUCAAGGCAGCUGGCCGCCCGAAACCGAUUACCCAACGUGGACCCGAUUUCCGGGACGCCAACGGCAUUGGAGAAGCCUUCCUGUUGGAAUUCUUCCUUGGUUUCGACACCGACCGCACUGCUCUCCUUACCAAGUACUACGACGACAAUAGCCAAUUUUCUCUCGCAGUCGACACGCGCGCCAUUCGAGACGAGAACCAGCCGCAGCCGAUGCCCUGGUCGUCCUACAUCAAGCAGAGUCGCAAUCUAAUGAAGAUUACGACGCCGGCCGCUCGAGCUGCCAGGCUGAUCACAGGCAGGGAGUCGAUCUGGAACCUGUGGAACGACCUCCCGAAGACACAGCACCCAGACAUCAAGACGGACAUCAGCAAAUACAUCAUGGAUUGCCAUCUCCUGCCUGGUCUUGCCGACCCUUCUGGCCAAACCCAAAGCGGCGUGGACGGCAUGAUCAUUUCAGUACAUGGUCAAUUCGAAGAGUGCGACAAAGCUGGCAAGACAGGACUGAGAAGCUUCUCACGCACAUUCGUUCUGGGACCUGGACGCCCCAACACCAACCCGAUCCGCGUCGUCAGCGACAUGCUCUCCCUCAGAGCCUUUAACCCCCUUCCGAAUGUCUUUGUUGCUGAAGCCCAAGCACCGGCUCCGUCUGCGCAGGAGCAAGAACAGCGACAGGCCAUGAUCGUCGAGCUAUCGAAGCAGACGACAAUGACACCCACCUACUCGGAAAUGUGCCUGUCCGAUGUCGCGUGGGACUUUACCAGAGCCUUGGCAGUCUUCCACGAGAAAAAGUCUCAAUUACCACCAGAUGCCUUUGCCAGCGUUUAGAAAAUGCUGUGCUCGUCCCCGUCGUUCUGGGGGCCUUGAGGGGCCCGGAGGACAUGGAUGGAUUAGGCAAGAUCACAAUGGGGCCGUACUAGUUGUGUAUGACAUCGCCCGUCUGGCCCACACGGGGCGAAAUAUUGAAAAGAGAAAACCAAAAAGGAAGGGGGAAGAGAGGAUAAAACUCCACACUUCUUGUUGAAAUGGCGGACAAUAUUGGAAGGGGCCCUGGACAAUCGUCCAUGGCUCGGAGGAAAGGAGGAAUAGUCAUUUACCCCAGGCGCGAGGUGGAACUAGAUGGGAAAAAUCCAGAGAUCGGCUUGGCGAUGGAUUUGGGGGACGUUCCCAAACGGCAUUCGUACCUACGGAGUAUAUACACUUGGCCGCGAAAGAAAAAGCGAAGCGCAUCAUAGAGGCAGCGGCGUCUUGUUUUGGUGUUUAGGGAGAUGAUUGCUAUUACAGUCGUAGGGUGGUGGAACUUGAGAAAUACCAUUGAGAUUGCUCGCCUACCUAAAUCCUUCAUCAUAUCGCCCACUUACAGUGACCAUGCUAACAUGAACGACUCGAGAGUGAUACCAUUUACAACUUGAAUUCACUUUGCCAGUCAAAGACUAAACCCGGAGUAAAUAAAGGAAUUGCCUAGGCACACGACGCCAAAGACAGACGUCAUUGAUGGAUCCCCUGGGUUGUGGUGACAUUUCGCAAAUCACAGAUUCGGCAUGGACCACACACUCCGUAGAACCAAAGAAAUACAUAUUUAAUUACAAGGCUGAAAGGCUGGUGAUCAAAAGAAGACAACUUCUGAGUAAACCAAUAGGAGCGACGGGGUAUGAGGCGA